GACGGUGGGGAGGGGACCCGAAGGCGCGGGAACGCGGGAGGGGCGGCAGCGGAGUCCCUGGGACCGGCUGGGCUUAGGAGCGCGAGAAAGAGGGGCCAGCGAGCGACUGAGACACUGACACCAGAGAAGGGAUCUGUGGGGGACAGAGACGGCGACAGGGAGGACGGGUGUCGCUGGGAUCGAGCUUUGCACCGGGGGGAAAAGAGCGGGACGUGGAGCAGAGAACAGCAGGCUUGGGGAACCGCCCUGUGCCCUGCUUACAGGUGGUUCCUCUACCUUGUCAAAGCAGUUCUAGGAGUCUCCAACCCUCGGUUGCCAGUUACCAGGACCAGCCCCCACCCAGACCAGUCUACCCUAGAAAAAACUAUGACCCCAGCCAGCAUCAGGAAGCUGAGCGAGGUCAAGAAGAGAGGCCACCCUACAAGAGCAGCCCACCUGGCGCUUGACCGAGCGUUUACUUCCGUCCCCGGGACGUGGGUACCAGGGCUGGGAGGAAGGCACCCCAGCACUGACGAGGAUCGCUCAGCUGGCUGGGGUAGAGGAGGGGGGAAGAUACUUGGUGGUCGUUUGUCCUCUCUCCACCUGUGACACCUGCAGGCCAGUGACAGGAACCAACCGGAGAGAAACGAGCCCGCUUGCGCCUCGGUCAGCCUCUUUCCGCCAUCUUCUGGCAACUAGACAGAAGGACAGGAGCAGGGUUGGUCCAGCCCUCUCCAGGCUGGGCCUGAGUCACUCUCCAGGCAGGAAGGGCUGUGCAGAGCCCACAGUCACAAGGGACAUAACUCAGGCUGCAGAACCCUGCUGCCCACACCCCAACCAGGUAGGCUUUCCCAGUCCUUGGUCUGCAGGUGACGAAACCGGGGCCUGAGUGAACUGUUGGAAGACACAAGUCAUCUUCUGUAACAGUACACUCGGGAGGCUACCAAGGGAAUUGAAUGAGAUAAAAGAUGUCAGCAAUGAUCAGGGUGACCAGCACCAGGAAUGACCCAAUAAGUAGGAGCUACAUUUACAUCUUUAUACAUCAGCCUUCAAGAGCUCCAGACUCUCAUCCCAUCUCUACAGAAGGAAAGUGGGCAGCUGAACCCAGAGGAUCACAGGGAAUCACGUCGCUUCCAAGUCUCCAUGGCAGAAGAGGGGGCCAUCCUAAAGAUCACCAGGAACCUGAAAGACGCUGUCUCUGCCAUCCUCCAAGGAUAUGGGGAUGGGCAGGGGCCCGUAACAGACGCCAGCGCUGAGCUACAUAGACUCUGUGGCUGUCUGGAGUUGCUGCUGCAGUUUGACCAGAAGGAGCAGAGGAGCUUCCUGGGGACUCGGAAAGAUUACUGGGAUUUCCUAUGCACAGCCCUGCGACGGCAUCGGGGACACACGGAGCAGACCAGAUUCGUAUGCUCACAGGACAAGCUGAAGACCUCUCUAGGAAAGGGUCGCGCCUUUCUCCGACUCUGCCUCGCCCACGGACAGCUGGCCGAGUCCAUGCAGCUGUGCCUCCUGAGUCCAGAUCUCACUCGGGAAUGGUAUGGCCCCCGGAGCCCCCUGCUGUGCCCUGAGCUCCAGGAAGACAUUUUGGACUCUCUCUAUGCCCUCAAUGGAGUCGCCUUCAAUCUGGACCUGCAGCGGCCAGACCUGGAUGAAGCCUGGCCCAUGUUCUCAGAGUCCCGCUGCUCCAAUCCCAGACAGACCCAGGAAAGAAGACCCAGAAAGCCCAGAGGUUCCCCGAAGGAGGUGAGCUGCUCCAGAGGAGAGCAGCUACAGGGACCAGACGCCCGUGGAACCAGCUGUCUGCAAGAUGCACCCAGAGAAGACCGCCUACCUGGCCUCCCUACCCCCUUGCAGCAUGGCCAUCUUCCCACCUUUUUAGAAAAGAAGAAAGGGGAUCCCAGGAGCCUCAGCUGUCCCCAGAGCAUUUGGGAAACAGAAGGGGAAGGAUCUGAGCUAGACCAGAAGGAGGGAGGCCCAAAGAAUAGGAAAUCCCUGGAGAAUUCAGCAGCCAGCAGCCAGCAACAGAAGGAGGGGGCUAAGGAGGCUCAAAGGGAGGUGACAGGAGAGGAAGAUGAAGGCAAAGGAAGUCUGUCAGUGACGGAAGGUCAGAGAACAACAGAGGGGACCCAGGAAAAGGCAGCAGAUGGGGACCAUGACCAAGGGCUGCUGACCCCCAGCCUUCAAGGAAGGGUAAAAGACACAGCAUUAGGGAACAGGCAGGGGUGGGAUCAGCCUAGUGUUCUAGGGCAGCCCCGGGUCCUGCAGAGCCCGGGAGGAAAGAAAGGCUCCCCUACAGAGAAGCCACAAGAGUGGACAAGAGUGACCAGUGUGAGCAGGCUGGAGGAUCAAGCGGAAGUAUCCGUGCAGGAGGUGGCCAAGGACCCCACGUAUGGGCUCCGGCUGGCAAAGGAACAGGCCCAGCGCCAGGAGCAGCUGCUGAGGUCACAGGAAGAAGAGCUGCAGGCGCUCCAGGAGCAGCUCGUCAGGUGUCAGGCGGAAAGAGCCCAUUUGCAAGUGAUGCUGGAGCAGACGCAGCAGGAAGCCGAGAGGAGGGAUGCCAUGCAUGAGAAGGAGCUGGAAGGGCAGAGGGACCUGGUCCGGACCAUGAAAAGGAGGGUGUUGGAACUGAUUCACGAGAAGGACCACCAGUGGCAGAGGCUCCAACAGCUGUCUUCCGUGGCCCCUGGACACUGCGUGGGCUGCAACAAGGUCUUCAGGCGUCUGUCUCGGCGGUAUCCUUGCAGGCUUUGCGGAAGCUCUGUUUGCCAUGCCUGCUCUGUAGACUACAAGAAGAGAGAACAGUGCUGCCCAACCUGUGCCCAGCGGGAAGAAAUCCAGGUCACCUGACCAAGAUCGCAAGAGGAGCCUAAGAUCACCCCCCCCCCACCUCCCCGCCCCCCGCAGCUCCCUCUCCCUCCCUGAAGUCUGACCACUCUUUUCUUCCGGAAGCUGAGACACCAGCCCUGCUGUGAGGGGUAAAGGGAACAGCUGGCGGUCUGAAAAUAAGCCUAGCUCGGCCCUUUCCUGUGGAAGGGGCUGAGUGGAACACGCCUCGGCUCUAGAAGCUCUGUGUCCGAUGUGAGGAAGACGGGCUAUGAACUCUCUGUAAAGUCCCUUGAGGCACGAAGAGUUCGUGACCAUGAAUACGAACAGCCCCGGGGCCAGCUGUUUCCUAGCCACUCUCCUCUCCCCCACCACCCACAGGAAGUGAACCCAAACACACGGCUCUUCAGUCCUUCCUUCCCAAUCUACUUCAGGGAUCAUUGGUCUGUUCCAUUUCUCACAGAUUUACUGGAGUGCUAUUGACGUAUAAUAAACACUGCAUAAAUUGGA